AUGAUUCGGAAAGCUAUUUUGUUAUUGAAACAUUUAAGAAAUCAGGAUGCAUUGUCCUUCCGACAAGAUCAAAAGCAAAUUUGGUGGAGUGCUGUAUCAUCUAUCAGUGAUCGAUACUCUGGAAACGUCCUGACAGUUCAGGACAACAUAUAG